AUUUCAGUCUCUUCGCUGAACUCCGUGCCGACGGAACGCGUGUAUAACCUGUGCUUGUAAAUGGGUGUCUUCAUAACGAAUUCGGUUCACAUUCUUGUGCACUUGCCAAUUGAGUAUAACGUGUUAUGCACAUCAAGAGACAGCAAAAAUGCGAUUUGAUAAACUGGUUAUUGUUUCGUUUUUAGUAAAAACCACCUGAACAACAUUUAAUAUCGCGGCGCGAUUAUAGGCGUGUAGGAUUGUGUCGCGUUAAUUAACAUUGAAUCUCAUAUGACUGUAAAAAUCGUUGAAAUCGUCAUCGAACAGAAUUAUAUAGAGCAAAAGUUAUGUCGAUAUCCAACGACCUGCUUGGCGCCUUCGAACAGAGGAAUGUUGGAAAGUUUCAGGAAGCGUUAGAGGUGUACGGAGCUGAUCCGAAUUUUUUGCUUAAAACGGUGGACAAAACCGUUUUCGAAGUCAUAUUGAGCACACCAAAUUCAUCGCAAUUCAUCAAACUAUGCAUCGACAACGGUGCCGAUUUUUAUAUGAAAAACACCAACGGACAGUACCCCCUACACUGUGUGAUCGAUUCACGUUGCCUGGACAAUCUCAAACAGGUGCAAAGUUUGUUUCACACAAUCGACGAUUCGUUCCUCCUCAAAUACUCGCCGUAUGCAAAUGUUAAAUUGGACAACGGACAGAAUUCACUUCAUAUGCUGGCCGAUGCGUUGACGAACGAUAAUUACGCGACCAUUUUCGGUAUGAUGAAAAUUCUCCUGUUGCAUGGAUGCAAUCCGAAUUUUCCGAAUUACGACGGUAAAACGGCAUUCUUUGUGUUGUUGGAACGACUACCACAAUUGCAGAAUCGGAACCAAAUUCUGGAUUAUUUUUUGGAAAAUGGGGACAUUGACUUUUUCACCCAUCGGGGAGAUGAAAUCGCCGAGAUGGUUAUGAAUGAAAAGCUGAAAUUCGAAUUGCCGCAACGUGAAGAUGUCGCCGUAAAUUUGGAUUUGCUGAUGUCGCUGCUAACGUCAACGGAUAUCAAUAAAUUUGAAACCUUAUUUCCGCUCUUCAAAACAUCUUGUGCAGACGCUGAAGCAUAUGCGGAUAGUUGUUCAUUGCUGAUGGAAAUCGCGGUCGACCGGUCCUUGAUAAACAUUGUCGAUCUGUUGAUAGACUAUGGCGUUGACAUCAAUAAAGUACCUAACGCUAGCAAACACAAGAUUCCGUCAACCUGCAGAGCAUGCGCCUGCGCCAGUCCGGGAAUUUUGCGAUUGUUCCUGUUACAUCCGAAAGUGAAACUAUCGUAUGGCAGCGACACGGAACGGAGCACUUUAUUGCAUCAUUUCUUCGACGAUUACAAGAAGCAAUCCUACUCAACGUUCAGACGAUUAGGUAUGCACGAAAUGUCUCUGAACCAGAAAAAAUGCUUCGAUAUGUUGAUGGUACACCCGAAAUGGAAUCGCGAUUUAACCAACUCACUGGACAAGGCCGGUCUGCCGGCGAUAUAUUAUUCGGUGCGGUACAAAAAGGAUUACAUUACACUCAGUCUGCUAAAGAACGGAGCGUAUAUCGGAAUGGCUGUCAAGGGUAUGCGGAAGAGUUUGCUGGAAGAGUUCUUGAACAGUACGAUUAGCACAAAUGAUCGCUUUACCGACGAUGACGAAUACGAAAUUAGAAUUGACUACAACUUCUUGGCGCCACCAUUUAAAGAACCGGCAAAUAAAAAGCGGCAAGGUAAGCUGUUGAUAUGCCCCAGUCAAGAUCAGUAUGUGGAAGAGAUGAAACCGUUGAAGAAGAUAGCAGAUAAUCCAGAUCUUCAACCACUCCUAUCCCAUCCGACCAUUGCAUCAUUCAUUUUACUGAAGUGGAAAAAGCUCAGCUUCGUAGUCUACAGUAAUCUGCUUCUGAUCGUCCUUUUCAUGAUCUCAUUCAUUCCAUUCACGGUGCUGUGUCAAACGAUUCCGGUCGAAGAACAGUCGCACAACAUUGGAUUCAUAACAUUUCAGGUGUUGUCGUUGAUCGUCUUAGUGUUCAUGAUUUUACGAGAAGCAACUCAAGCGAUGUUGUCGGUGAAACAAUACAUUUUCGAUAUGUCCAACUGGGUCGACAUCGCUCUGAUGACAUCGGCCCUAAUAAUACUCCUGUUCGAAACUCAGAUCCCGAACCAUUUGUCCCGACUGUUGCGUACCUUAGUCAUUUUACUAGCCGCUGCGGAAUAUUUCAAUGUUUUGGGCAUGGUUCCCAUAUUGAGCGUGUCCAUAUACACGAAAAUGUUCAAGCGAGUGUACAAAACGUUCGUUAAGUCGCUGGCCUUUUACUCGGUGAUGAUCCUUGCAUUCGCCUUCAGUUUCUUUUCGCUUCAGGGAGACAAAUUUUCGAAAGAUCUGAUGACAAUGGGUCAACCCAGUGGUUCGGCUAGUGCGAGCAAUGAUAUUCCAGCCACAAACGCAACAAGAAAUGAACGCUACAAUAACUUUUACACCGUUGGAUCGGCGGUUAUCAAAACAUUUGUGAUGUUAACAGGGGAGCUGGAGGGAAGCUAUGUACAUACGGAAGGUGUUUCCUACGCUUUGCUGUUCGUUGUAUUCAUCUUCUUGGUGUCGAUUGUGCUUUAUAAUCUAUUGAAUGCUCUAGCUGUUAGCGACACCCAAGAGAUAAGACGAGACGCAAAAUUGAUUGAUUUACUGCAACGCAUCAAAACAAUGCAGGCUAGUGAGGAGGCGAUAUUUAAGAGAAACUCACGAGUCGGCGACUGGCUGAAAUCGGUAAUCAGUUUGCUACCGAAAAGUCUACCCGAAGGCAGUAUAAUGCUGAAACCGAACCGAAGUUAUCGAAUUUACAUCAAACAAAACGGACCGAUUAUACUGAACGAUUGGCUGCACAAUCGAUUCAAGUUCUUCAAGUCCGAUGUGACAAUCAACUACGAUAUUAUGAAGGAAAUCCAUGAAGUUUUGAUAAGGAGACGCGAAGAGAAAGCACUCAGCGGUAUUCGACUGCUCAAAGAAAAUCGAUACACAAAAUUGUCGAAUGACGUCAUGAAAAUUGGUGAGCUGGUGCAUAACAUUCAAAUGAAUGUAAUAAAAUUACAGGCCGAAUUGUACAGCAUUAGGAAAGGAACGUAGUGGCAAUUCGAUGCUAAAAGCUUUUAGGUCAUUUGUGUCACUUUGUGUCUCGCUUUGUUACGUUGUUGUAAUAAAAUUCUGUUGAAUUUCA